CACACUUCCCCUUUCCAAAAACAAUGUCUAACACACAGUGAAAAGUAGGAAUGGAGAAAGUGGAGAAAAAACAUGAGACAGAGAGAAAGGAAAUGCUUAAGAUGUUUGUUUUAGGUGUAUGAGUAUGAUUUAUCAUUCAACAUAUCUUUGUUUUAGGUGACUCAUAAAACUAAUGUUUAUAAUAUGACUAGUAUGUAUAGGCAUGUAUCUGAUAUGUGUAUUUAAUAUUUAAUUAGCUCAUUAUAACACCGAAUCUCAUCAAGAAUUGUUUAAGAUCUCUCUAGGAACCUUUUUUUAUACACUACACAGUCUCACUGGAUCCAACUUUCUUCUCUCCAAUCAAGUAUUCACCUCUUCUCCUCUCUCACACACACUCACACUCACACUCACUGUCCCAUAGCUAGUUCUAGAUAUUACUGUUUCUUGGUUUUUGAUGGAUGAAAAGUGGAAGCUGUCAAAGAAAGAAGCAGGUUGCAGCAGCCAGAAUAGCACAUCAUCCACCAAGUCAUUGUUCUCAAGGAGUUGCUCAACAAGAGGCUCUUCUUCAAACUCUCCCCUCUUGAGGAGCUUAUCCCAAAAGAGUUCCUCCACUUCUAAAACCAGCAUCCCUAGGAGCUUCUCUCAGAAAAACCCCUCCAUUGGUAAAAAAUGCACCAGCUUAGCUAAGGAGCACAAAGCCAGAUUUUACAUCAUGAGGAGGUGUGUAGCCAUGUUAGUUUGCUGGCACAAGCAUGGGGAUUCAUGAAGGAAUCACAGAUCCCUUUUCAGAUUCUUAUGUCAUGGUUACACUACCAAAAUGCUGAAGGGAUCUGGUUUUUCUUCUUCUUCGAAUAUAUUCGUUUUGUAAUUACCAAUUCCACAAGUUGAGUUAUAAGAUUGAUUUACUUGCUGCUUAAA